AUGUCAGAAAUAUCAGUAAAUAUAUUUUAUCGUAUCAUAGUUGGAGGAAAAAUAUUUAUAUUAUCACGAUCAAGCAUCUUGUACGAUUCGCCAAAUUUAUUCACGGAACAUUUCGUCAAGAAACCAUUAACGGGAACAGAAGUUUGGCAGGAUGAGAUGAAAACGUUUCGGGAACAACAUAGUAGUAAUAAUUCUUCGUAUCAUAAUCAUGAUAUUUCCUUUGAUCGUGAUCCUUACAUUUUUGAAGUUAUAGCAAGGUAUCUUCGUGGAUACACAAUGUCCUUUCCACUUUCCUCUUCCAUUAAUUUACCUACCGGAAUGAGUAUCGAGUCUUUUCAUCGACACCUUUUAGAAGACGCAAUUUAUUAUAAAUUAUCUAAUCUUCAGCGACUUUUAACAACUGUCUUUCCAAUUCAAUCACCAACCCCACCAUCUCCAUCUCCUACUUUAACUUCAAGUUUAACCUUAACCACCUCUUCAAAUAAUUCAAAUAAUAACUCCCCCUAUUAUGAUCCGUUUAUGAAUGAUACGAAAAUUGAUCUCCUCCUUUCCAAUACACCGAUCGAUCAUUUGGUAAUGUUGGAUCGUAAACUAAGAUACAAGAUAAAAUCCUCUGAAUAUAAUGUUCAUCCUUUGGUACAAUUUCAUACCGAAAAUGUCGUAUGGGAUAUUUCACCAAACGCCUGGAGCUUUAAAUUCUUGCAAUCAAAAGAUUUAACAAAAAUGACCUCUUUUUGUAAAGUUUUCAUCAAUUCAAAAUUUUAUAAAAAUGUUUUGCCAAAUCAAUUUGGUGAAACAUUUUUUAACGGUUUAAUAUGUACCUGCGUGUUCAGAAUUGAUGGAAGGGAAUGUAAUGGUUUGGAUGUUUAUAAUAGAUUCUUUAAUAAAUCAAGACAAUUUCAUAAACCCUCUUCGACGAUUAGUCCGAUUGCUACCAGCAUCCCUACCACGACGACCACAACCUCGACGACAUCAUCAUCAUCAACCACCGGAAACCUUAUUAAUACCGCCAUGAAUAUGGCCAAUACUGCUACCGAAUUUCAACAACAAUAUUGGAGCAUCGGAGUGGGUGGAAGUAGAAGCAUAUGCUCAAACACCAACAAUUCUAAUAAUAAUUCUAUGAAUAAUGAUACGGGCGUUGGAACCACUUCUGGACAAUCCGAUGAGAUCGCUAAUACCGGAAGAUUUAGAAUUUUAUUGAAAAAUUUUAAUUUUUAUAUUCAACUUGGUUUCAAUGAGUUUAAUAGGAUUGUACCCAUGUUGGUUAUCGUUCCUUGUUGGGGUGAAGGUAUUACUGAAUUUGAGUGGUUGUCUUCUGGUAACGAGAAAGCUAUAGUUAAUCCUAACAUUACUAAAGAAGAGUAA